AUGACGACCCAGCUCCUAGCUACGGAGCUAACGAAUCUCAUCCAAGAAAGCAAGCGGAAGCAUAAUGAUCUUCGACAGGCCGCCGAAAAGUCUCUCGAUGAGCUAAAAGGGCUUCGAGGGGCCAAUGAAGCUCAAGCUGCUAACGAGCUGGCGCAGCGCCCCAAUUUUGUCAACCCCUUCAUCAUUGCAUGUGGCACCAAGAAUGCAAAGUUCACCGGCAUCGCUAUUGUAUGCCUUCAAAGGCUCAUCGUCGCCCGCGCUCUACCCAGGGGAAAGUUGAACCAGGUUCUGGAAGCACUGAGUGAGGCGACCUCUGCCGGUCUUGAUGUCCAGCUCAAGAUUCUCCAAGCCCUGCCGUCCCUCUUACAGAACUACGCGACCGAUCUGAAAGGAGGCCUCCUUGUUACUGCCUUGAACAUCUGUUUCAUCCUGCAGACCAGCAAAAAUGCUAUCGUCAACAACACCUCCGCUGCCACCCUGCAGCAGCUUGUCGUUUCGGUAUUCGACAAGGUGGUAGCCGAGGACAAGUCCGGAACGUCAACACCUCCCGCUGGCGAGGCGCCAAUAGGUGAUGGCACGGUUGAACUGCGCGCGGCUGCCUUGGAUGCGUAUAGGAUAUUCAUGGACCUUUGCCUCAUGACAGAAAACCAACGCCCCGAGUACCUCAGGUUUUCCGGGCUCCCGCAGACCUUUGGGUUGGAGCUGAUAGAAUCAGUUCUCACCAACCAUGCCUCCGUAUUUUCGUCGCACAAGGAGCAAGCCCACAUCCUCCAGACCCGUGUCAUGCCCUUCAUUAUCAGCGCUCUAAAGGGCAAGCCCAACUUUGCAACGUCAGUCAGACUAGUUCGGAUUCUCUAUACGCUCUUGCGACGACACAUCAACAUUCUUCCCUCUGAAAGUGGCGACGCCCUGGACAUCCUGACACAACUACUCGACCAAGAAACGGCAAUAUGGAAACGAGCUCUGUGCCUCGAGGUGUUCAGGGGCAUUUUUGCUGAGCAUGCUCUGAUCAGACGCAUUUUCGUCAACUAUGAUGCGAAGGAAGGAGAGAAGAAUAUCGUGAAGCACCUGACGGCAACCUUCGUGCGACUGAGUACUGAAAAGCCGUCUGUCAUCGGCCUGGGACAUCAAUCCACAAUCCCCGUGGCGAACCCAUAUGCGAGCAUCGCCUCGUCUACGGAUCAAGCUAUGCUCGAGGCGAGCGGCGUUACUGGCAUCAUCAGCGGAUCCGUUGGCUCAGAUGGUUCCAACAUCGGAAUCAGCACCCAGUGGAGCAAUGUCAGAGUUCCCUGCAUCGACCAAUUGGACAAGACCGAAGCGCCUUCCAUUCCAGAAUCCUACAUUUACAGCUUGACGCUCUCGUGCAUCUCCUCAUUGUCGGAGGGUCUUGCCAAGUUUAUACUUCCCCUCACCGUUCCAGGAGACAGCCGCGGCCGCAAGAGAAGUGGAAAGCAGGAGCCAGGUCGGGAUUCUCCCGCUCCCCCGCAAGACGAUGCCGAUGGCCAGCGCGGAGCUUUGGAACGCUCGGCAUCUUUCAAGAAGAAUCCGGUGCCCCUUAACCCGUUAGUUUUGGAGGACCAUCCCCUACACAAUGAAGUCAAGAUUUGCGCAGCCAUCAUUGAAGAAUGUUGGCCAGCCAUUCUUGCUACUUGCUCAACGCUGCUAUACGCUGCCAUGGAUUCUGAGUACUAUCACAGCCUAGUAAGGGCAUUUCAAAAGUUUGCCCACGUGGCUGGAUUGCUCCAAUUGUCGACACCACGAGACGCAUUUUUGACGACACUGGGCAAGGCUGCAGUUCCGCCAAACGUCUUCACAGCUUGUCUCAACGCCGGUACAGCCCGACCCACGACACCAACACCGACCACAGAAGCCCCAAGCAGUAUUUUCAGCAAUGCGCGAGGGCUAUUAAGUGUCGACAGCUUGAAUCAGUCGACUCCCGUUGCUGACAAAGGCCGGCAACAGAGUGUCGAUGGAAGUCAGAUGACCCUUAAUACUCGCAACCUGCUCUGCUUGAGAGCACUUCUUAACCUCGGCAUCGCGCUUGGCCCGACACUUGGCUCAUCGUGGCGGAUCAUCCUCGAAACGCUACAGCAAGCCGACUUUGUUCUCUUCUCCACAAGUAAGACUCCUGGACGAACACCUCUUGCCACCAAGGGAACCGACCAUCAGGCCGAGGGUGAAGCAAGCGCCCUGCUCUCAAACUUUGCUAGCGAAGUGAGAGCUGUCGAGACUGCAGCCUCGAGGCUGAUUGAAAGCACCAUCGAUUUCCCCAACGACGCCUUUGGCGAGGUUGUAACGGCGAUAUGCAAUCUUCUCGAGAGAACCAACGACGAUAAACAGAAGGUUGAGGCCGCAAGUCAACCACAGUCCCCUCAGUCUGCCAGCAUGAAGCCUCCAGUACAGCAGCAUCGCCGCGUUCUGAGCGUCUCUACCGCCGCCGCAGCGGGCCCGAACCAAGAGGAUCAUUUCGCUCUUGCUAAGCUUGGCGAUAUUGCGACCAUCAACAUCGACCGUCUACUGUCGUACCCGCCUGACAUCUCUGGCUGGACGCCGUUGACAUCCGAACUCAUUCACAUUCUCAACGCCUCGUCGAUGAACUCCUCUGUUAGACUGCGUGCGGCAGACAUUCUAGUCAGGCUAGCUCUCGAAUCAGCCAAUGUGGCUGCGACAAUGGAGCGCGAGCAAUGUGGAAAAGUCCAGCUUCUUCUUCUUGAGGCCCUUCGGGACGCACUUCUGCCACUGCAACAACAAGACAGAGAGGUCACUGUAUCUAGCCAUGGUACCGACAUCGAAAUCCACAAGGCGAUUCUCGAGGGUCUGAAAAAUUUGCUCGAGAAUUGCGGCGAAACCCUUGUGAGCGGUUGGGAGAUUGCUUUCGAAAUCAUUGGCUCCAUCUUCAUCGACAAAAAGUUCGCCCCGGAAGAGCGCAGGGGCUCCCAGACGGUUGUUCUCAUGACACGAUCAGCGAAGCUCGUCCGGUCUUCUUUCAAUUCUCUUCAACUUAUCUGCUCUGACUUCUUAGCGUCUCUGCCAAACUCUUGCUUCCUUAUACUUGUUGAUACCCUUUACAAAUUUUGCUCGCAAGAUGACGACCUCAACAUUGCUCUUACGACUGUGACGUUCUUUUGGGUCCUUUCGGACUUUCUUUCCGGAAAGACAGAGUACCUGCCAAUUACCGCUGAUCUGAUGCAAGGCUCAACCAUCUCAGAGCUGGCCGCGCUCGCCGCGAACUCGGAGCACAACGCGUCCGAUGCGGCACUCUGGAUGCUUCUGCUUCUCAGACUCACGACUGUGACAGCUGAUGGGAGGCUGGAACUGCGGAAUAGUGCAAUUCAGACUCUGCUGAGAAUAUUUGACGCAUAUGGCGACAAGCUAAGCCCGGAAGCCUGGUCGGUCUGCGUCAAAUCUGUGAUUUUCAAACUUAUAUCAUCCAUCGAGGAAGAACUGCAGGCUGCAGCCAGCGACAGUUCAGUACAUCGGGAUCAAAAGGAAUGGCACGAAACGGCCGUUGUCGUAUUGAACGGCAUCUCGGAACUUCUAGCCACCUACAUGGAUUCUCUGUCGAGCCACUCUUCCUUUAACGCUCUCUGGCAAGAGCUUCUUGGCCACUUCACAACUCUCCUUGACUUCAAGGUGCUCAACAUCAACACGGCAAUAUACAAAGCUCUCGGAAAAGUCGUUAAGCUCGAAGACGACCCCGACCGGGAAAUUUUCGACGCCACCACUGUCAAUGCUGUUUGGGAAAUGUGGUCUCGGGGCACACCAGUUUCCUCAGACGAAGAGGACGGAAAGAAGGCAGACAAUCAAAAUUGCCUGAUCGCUUUCGUCGCUGCAUUCCACGACGUGUACCAGCUUGUACAGAAGGAUUUGACGGUUGACCGAGUUCGUCAGAUGCUAACGCUCUUCCGCGAGGCGCUACAACAAGCAACUGUGGCGGCCUACGUCAACGAUAUCGAGUACGUUACUCCGCUGCAGAACCAGGUGCUCGAGGCAAUCAAGAUGGUGCGAACAGAUCUCGCCGGCGUUCCAUCAGCAAUGAUAUCCCAGGUGGCAGAGUUUGUCCGUCUGGCAUUCAGCGACGAGGUCCUCAAACCGCAAACACCUACACAGCGAAGGACCUACGUCGCAAUGUCAAAAUCCAGCAUGGCCAUCUUGCAGACUCUGAUCCUGAAGAACGCCUCCGACGCAGACAUUUACUCUAGCGAAGCCUUCUCCGCCGCCCUGUCCGCCCUGUCCAAGCCCGUCGUUUUGAAAUACGGCUUCCCGAUCGUCACUAAAUCAGUCCAGCCAUGGCGUCUCGCUACAAACUCUAUCCUCGCCGUUCUGGAAGCGACACUGCCUCAAAUCCGCACCCUCGAAGUCCCUCGUUCGACUCUCCAGAGCAUCUGGCAAAUGAUUGUCGAAAUAGCCGACGGCAUCGUCAGCGCAGACUGCCAUGCGGCCCCAACAACUGCCGACCUCUCAGACGACGAAUCCUUCGACAUCACAGCCUUCCACAAGCUCCGCGAGCUCAUAAUCCCUUCCCUGGGAGCCGAAGCGAUUCCCGACAAAACCCGUAAGGCCUACGCAGAGUCAUUGUUCCGGACAUCCAUCAUCCACGCCCCGUCGCCGGCCGAGACCUCUCUCCUCUCCAGCAGCGACGGCACCGAUCUGGCGGCACUGUACAAGAAGCGAAACGGUCGCACGAUAGAUCCCGCUCCCACCCGCCGCGAGCGCAUGAGCUACGUCUGCCUCGACGAACUCUUCUCCCUCGUCUCCGUGUACAGCGAGGACUCCCUGCGCAUCGUAGUCCAGCCGCCCACGCCCGCAUUCCCGCCUCCUCGCUCCGUGCUGUCCGAGGCGCCUCAGGCCCUGCACAUCCGCAUCGCCCGCACCGCAGCCCCGUUCCUCAUCCUCCGCACGGCACUGACCAUCCGCUCCUACAUCGCCGACCAGCCUCUCCGAGGCCGCAUGCCGCAACCCCUCUCCCAGCGCAAAGAGCUCCUCCGAGUCCUCCGGCAACUCGUCGAUCUCACCUCCGCGUCGGACGCCAUCCCGGAUACUCCCAACGUCGAGAGCGAGGGCCGAAAGCAUCUCCUACGUUUGUACCCUCUCCUCGUCAGCGCCGUGCAGGUAGCGGGUGGCUCCGGCGACGAAGCCGUUCUAAAGCUAUGCACCGAAGCUCUCGAGGUUGUCGGUGGUGAACUGGGGCUUUAG